CAUCUUGUAAUAAUAAUAAACCUUCGCGCUAAUCCGCCCAGCCCCUUUCUCUCUCUCAGGGCGAUGGUGUGGGGCUCCAUGUGUUUCAGCAUGUCACGUGGUGAUCCUGAUUAGCUUCUGCCACAUCGAUGCUAAUGCCGACCAGAGGGGGGAUUCUAAUGGGGAUUUGGAUUAAAAUGCCGAAAGUGGCAAAUUGAAGCCCAUAAACAACAACCAGAGACCUAACCGCCGCCGCCUUUCCUAUUCUUUUCUUUUCUUCCCCCUCUUCCUAAUACAACCCACCACCUGGGAAUUACUUCCUAAUAACCACCUAUUCUUCACACAGUACUUCAUAGACGAUUAUAAUCCACCACCAAUGGACUCGAUCUACCCGUUCCAGGCUAUGGGACAGCACCUCCAGAAUGCUGUCGCAGAGCUGCCACACCAGAUGCCACAAACGACCUAUGCUGGUCCAUCAUGGGAAGAGAUGGAAGCGAAACGGCAAGAGAUGAUCACCUCGUUCAAAGAUAUUGCAGCGGCCAUGACUCGCUGUGUGGCGAUUAUCGAAGAUUACACUCGACUUACGCCCUCGAGUCUCGCUCUGGACAAUACGGCCGAUCAAUUCAAUCUCGGAACGGGCGCUGCUCAGGCUCUCACGGCUCCUCCGAUCUCUACCAAAGUCAGUCGGAAAGUCGAUGCGGACGGAGUGAAAAUCAAGAAGAAAAAGGAGAAGAAACCCAAAGAUCCAAACGCACCUAAACGCCCACCUUCAGCGUACCUCUUGUUCCAAAACGAUCAGCGCGAGGGAAUCAAGAGCACUCGACCUGAUAUGGCCUAUAAGGACAUCCUCUCAGAGGUGUCAGAGAGGUGGAAAAACUUGACGCCAGAGCAGAAAAAGUACUACGAUGACGCGUACAACAAUGCCAAUGAAGAGUAUCGCAGAGCCGAUGAGGCGUACAAAGCGGGCGGAGGCAUCCCCGUAGCUGCAGCUCUAGCGGCUGCCGACUCAGAUUCGGACUCUGAAGACUCGGACGACGUGAGUGGCAGCAACUAUAAAGAGCGUCCCAGAGCUUCGGUUUGACUUGCUUCCUUGGCAGUCCGACGCCGCACCCAAGCUAAAAGCACCACCUUUGAUUGCUGCCCCGCCUACUCUCCUCGCCGCUACGGAUUCUAGCAAAAAGGACAAGAAGCGUAAGAAUAAGGAAGAGGCGAUCAUGCCAAUCAUUCAGACGGAUGCGGAUAAGAAGAAGAAGAAGAAGAGCGGCAAGGAGUAGAAAGAAUAAUGUUCCUACAGACAGUUUGAGAGCGUGUUCGCGAAAGCAUCCUGUGCGAUUCUCCAGAAGCGAACAGCGAUCAUCUUCGCCGUGACAGUUAGAUCUGUUACAGUUUCUGGGCCCUUUUGAAGCCAUGUCCCUUACAUGUAAAUACGAAUGUAUCGUCGCUUAUGGUGUGG